GGAUGUCCAUGGCAUGAUCUCUUUGGGCAACCUUUGCUUUAUGGCAUAGUCAGCAAGAGGAGGGAGCAGGACUUCAGCCAUGCUGGCAGCCACCUUGGAGCACAGGCCAAAGAUGGAGCAACAAAAUGCAAAUGGCUAUGGGGCAGGAAGAAGCCCUAAUGCAUUCUGGGCUGCAGGAAGGAAAGAUGUGUGGGAUGAUUUUGGGAUGCUCAACUCAAAUGUUCAUGGCCAGCAUUUCGGGAUGCUCAACUCAAAUGUUCAUGGCCAGCAUUUCGGGCAGAUCCAAUACCCAGAGGUUGAGGUUCCCCAAGAGACCUGCAACCAACUCUACAAUCUCCAUCAUCCGUGGCUGAAACCCAAGCAACACACCAAGGGUCAGAUGCUAGACCUGGUGAUCCUGGAGCAGUACCUGAGUGUCCUCCCUCUGGAGUUGGCAAGCUGGGUCCGGGCAUGUGGGGCAACGACCGCUUUCCAGGCGGUGACCCUAGCAACGAGUUUCCUCCUGAGUCAGGCAGAGGAGCAGAUGCAGCAUGUACUGCAGGUGACUUUUGAAGAUGUAGCUGUGGAUUUCAAUGAGGAAGAGUGGGCCUCACUGGAUCCAGAGAAAAAGACCCUACACAGAGAGGUCAUGAAGGAGAAUUACACAAUGGUGACUUCUCUGGGUAAAAAGCCCUUUGGUUCUUGUGGAUAA